AUGGAAGCUCUGAAAAUUUCAUCUAUUCCUUCACUCCAAAUUCCAUCUAAAUUUGACAAAGCGCAAUCCAAGAAACUCACUUCUUUCUGUUUUAAUUCAAUACCCAGUUCAUCUUUCUCAUUAGUUCAAAGAAACAUAUCAACAUUCAAGAUUUUCACCACCAUAUCAUCUUCUGUUUCAACUGAGCCUGCAAACCCACCUGAACUAGAGGUUGAAAAUCGCACCCAACAAGAGAAAUUUGAUUGGUAUGCCCAAUGGUACCCAUUGAUGCCAGUUUGUGAUCUUGACAAGAGGGUGCCACAUGCGAAGAAAGUUUUGGGUAUUGAUGUGGUGGUGUGGUGGGACAGAAAUGAGAGUGCCUGGAAGGUAUUUGAUGAUUCUUGUCCUCACAGAUUGGCUCCAUUGUCUGAAGGGAGAAUUGAUCAGUGGGGGAGGCUGCAGUGUGUUUAUCAUGGCUGGUGUUUUAAUGGCUCUGGUGACUGCAAGUUCAUCCCUCAAGCACCUGCUGAUGGCCCUCCGAUUCACACAUCCAAGAAAGCAUGUGUAGCUGCUUAUCCAAGUACUGUGCAGAAUGGCAUUGUGUGGUUUUGGCCAAAUUCCGAUCCUCAAUACAAAGAUGUUCUUGCGGAGAAAAAACCUCCCUACAUACCAGAACUAGAUGAUCCAUCGUAUUCUGGUUUAAUGGGAAAUAGAGAGAUUCCUUACGGGUAUGAGGUCUUGAUUGAAAAUCUCAUGGACCCUGCUCAUGUUCCAUAUGCACAUUAUGGAAUAAUGCGAACGAAUCAACCCAAAGAGAAGGCCGAUAGAGAAGGGGGCAGACCAUUGGAAUUGAGUGUUCAGAAGUUAGACAUAAAUGGUUUCAUUGCAAAGCAGGAGUGGGGUCGCAGUAAAUUUCUGCCACCAUGUGUGUUCUACGCUUCUCCCCUUGAUCCGGUUGACCAAGGUAAUGGUGCUGCAUCAUCGGCUGGAACCAAAAAGGUGUCAUCAGCCCAGCGGAGAGCUCUUCUAAUUUUUAUCUGCAUUCCGGUUAGUCCAGGUAAUAGCAGAUUGAUAUGGACCUUCCCAAGAAACUUUGGCGUUUGGAUUGAUAAGAUUGUUCCACGAUGGAUGUUUCAUGUUGGACAAAACCUGAUUUUGGACUCAGAUUUGUAUCUUCUUCAUGUUGAGGAACGUAAGAUAAUGGAUGCUGGCCCCAACCAGUGGCAGAAAGCAUGUUUUGUGCCUACAAAGUCGGAUGCCCUUGUGGUUGGUUUCAGAAAAUGGUUAAUCAAGUAUGCUGGUGGUCAGGUAGAUUGGAGAGGCAAGUUCAGUGGGGCUCUUCCCCCCACUCCCCCCAAGAGAACAGUUGUUGGACAGAUCCUUACAGAGGUCUUGGAAAUGCUAAAAAUUGGUGGUGUUGCGAUAAUGUUAACUCUAUUAAAGCAGUACUGGUCCCAUGUGGUGAGCUGCAGCAGUUGCAGUGCAGCACACAAAGGUCUGAGGGUGCUGGAAGUUGUGUUGCAGGUCGUCUCUUUUUCUUUAGUUGGAAUUGUUGCUGCAACCAAGCAGGCUGCGUUGUCAGUGGCUGCAAGAACUACGCUAGUUGCAAUGGCUAUACUAUCCUUUGCAGCUUCAAAAUGGUUGGCUCACUUUAUCUACAAACAGUUUCACUUCCACGACUACAACCAUGCUCUUCGCUGA